GGAAUUAAAGUGACACAGCUAUAUUAUGUGAAAGUAAAGCAGAGCAGCUCACAAGGGUGAGAUCUUUAAAGGGGGAGUAGCCUUUUUAUAGACAAGACUCAUUGAGGAUUAGAAUCUCUCCAGACUUCCAUUGCCUUAAAGGAGACAGGAGGAAAUUUGAGGAUAACCUUUAAUAUAUCUUUGAACUAGUGGACAGGGGGUAGCUUUGUUUUCAUGCUUUUCUCUCUAUUUUUUUAUAAGGCACAGAUGAACGAGCAGCUGAUGCAGAGGGCAGAUCUCUGCUCAGCGCACUUGGAAAGCGAGGACCCGAAGGCAUCUUGAAAUAGAAAUUGAAAAGAGGAGGACGAAGAGGAGGAGGAGGAGAAAAGAAAAGGAGGGGGUUUUAGAGGGAGAGCAUUGGUAUGCCAGGCUCAAAACCUAGCAUGGCUGUGCAGAAGAAACACAGUGACAUCCCUCCAUCGCGGGGACCACUAUCUACACACACCAUCGACAGCCAGAAGAAGAAGAAUCGACUUGAAAGAACAGGAGGCAAUGGUUCUAUCAAACCAAAUUCACAGGCAAAGAAAGCAGCCUGCUCUGUCAACAAGGCUGCCCAAAUCUGCAACACAGCCUCUCCACGGGCCGCUGCAGUGGCCAAUGGAAAUGUGGACGACAGGCUGAAAGCAGCACGGGAGAGAAGAGAGGAGCACCAGAAGUUACUUGCCUCUCGGGAACAGAGCAGGUUGGAGCGUGAGCAGCGAGCCAGGCGUUACUAUGAACAACAACUGCAGGAGCGCAAGAAGAAACUCUUGGACCAGAGGCUCAAAGAGGAGCGGAAGCGAGCUGCGGUGGAAGAGAAGCGCAGGCAGAGACUGAAGGAGGAGAAAGAGCGGCAUGAAACUGCAGUGCGUAGGACAGUGGAGAAGAGCCAAAAGGCCCAACAGAGCCACAACUCAAGAGGAAGGAAGCUCACCAAGAACGUUCCACGUCGCUUGCCACUGACAACAUGGGAGAAGAACUUGGUCAGUCGCCUGCUUACUCCUACAUGCUCUUAUCUGGCCAGGAGCAAGAGUGCUGGUUGUCAGUCAGGAGAAGAAGUUUCAUUCCACUCCAUGAAUUCCUCCACCACCACCACCACCACCCCUCCUCACAAACCCCAGCACCACUCUGGUCCAGUCCACCACAAGCCAUCUGCCUCUCCCAGUCCCAACAACAGCCAACACAAAAGCAUCAAUCUGCCACAGAUAAAGGCACCAAAACAGAAGGACACUAAUAAGAAGAAGUCAAAUACUAGAUCAUCUCCUGUCAACACUGGUGUCAAAACCAAAGUUACACAGAGCAGAACAACCUCCCCCUCACCUGAUCGGACUCCCCGAAGAUCAGUCAGCAGACAUUCAACCCCACUGCAGCUCGAGCUCCCGUCGGUCCCUGAGGAAGAUGUUGCCGUUUGUAUCUCUGCCCUCUCUCCUGGUAACUCAAGGCCUAUCCGGACGCCAGCUGAAGGUCAGCGAGAGAAAACGAGGGAUGCAAAUCCACCAGAGACUCCAAGUUUGAACCAGCCAGACAAACAGACAGCAGCUAUAACGAGAACAUCAGGACAGCGAAGUCCUCCCCAAACACCUUCUCAUCCAGCUCCACAGCCUCCUGAAGUUGUGUGCAGGCCUUCAGCCGGGACUACAGACCCACAGGAGGCUUCACGUCUCCUGGCUGAAAGGAGGAGAGAGGCCCGACUACAACGGGAGAGAGAGGAGCAGGAGCGGCUGCAAAGAGAGGAGGCCGAAAGGCGGAGUCGUGAAGAACUGGAGCGCAAGAGGGCGGAGGAGCGAGCACGACAGCAGGCCGAGGCUCAGCGUCUCAUAGAGGAGAAGAUGAGGAGGGAGGAAGAGGAGCAGAGACAAGCUGAGGAAGAGAGAGCUCAGGCUAUGAGGGAAGCCGCCCUUCUGCAGAAACAGAGAGAGGAGGAACAAGCCAAAGAGAAGGCAAAAGCAGAGCAGAUGCAACAAGAGCGAGAAAUAAUCGCUCAGAAAGAGGAAGCAGCGCGGCAAGCAAGGAAAAAGCGACUUGAGGAGAUCAUGCGGAGAACCAGAAGGACAGAUUCUCCAGAUACGAAGUCUGCACCAGUGAGGAACGAAGCCCAACCAAAGGAAAACACACAGCCUGUGCACAAUGGCACUAUAGAAGAUGCCAUUAAGCUGCCAGUUGUGACGAAGACCUCACAGCUGGGGCGGAACAAUGAGGACGACGUGGUACCUGUUGUGGCCUUUAAAGAACGCAGGUCCCUCCGGACUCUCACAGGCCUGGAAGAAAUCCAGACCCACCAACGAGCAGAAGUCAUCUGAGCACCUGCAAAGUGAGCAGACGUUCAAAGACUUUGUUGGAGAGCUGUGUCUUCUCUGUGAAACACAGGAGUUACUGCAGUACAGCCAUUUCGCCGCCCAUCCGGCGCCUUGAAAGAGCAUGUAAGAUUGCAGCCUUGCCUCUCACUGAGGACGUCAGCAUUUGGUCACUUUUUGUGUGUGUAACCAGUGGCACAAAUAUUGGGCAAGUUAUUUAUUACUUUCUUCAGUACAGCAGGUUUCUGAACUAAUAAUGACUAUCCAAAAACCAGUAGAUGUAGACAGUGGUAAUGAUAGUUUGCUGGCGAGUGUUGCCUCUGUGAAAUACUAGGAAUAGCCAUUUUAACAAACACAACAUAUGUUAGCCAUAUGCUUUUUGCUUAUUCCUGAUAUUUCUUGCCGCCUAAGCACUUUUCCUUCCUCAGUUUUGUCACUGUGGAAUAUAGAAUAGCUCAAGUGGACGUUUGUGCUAAGAACACAAGAGAUUAGGUCGUCGGUGACAGCUCUUCCCCUUUGAUUUUGUGAAGUAUAGCAAUCACAUAUUUCAAAGCUGCUAA